GAGGUUAGGUUUUCCAAAACAACGCGAAACGCGCCAAAUUCAUGUGAUCGAAAGUUAAUUUUUUGUAUGUCGUAGAAUAUUAUUACACUUAUCAUAUUAAAAAUAUUUAAAUCACUAUUCAACCUCGACCAGUGCUCAUUGAAGUUAUUAUUACAUUACUGGCUUUAUUCAGUCCUUUUUCUAAAGCAUAAUCUAUUCCACUGUGCGAGUGACAUUCCGCUGGCAUUGUCUUGACUCUAUCAUUGAACUGCUUUAACUUUUAAAUAUAUUCCUUGGACUGUGAUCUAUUAUGGCAGAAACACUAGAAGACCUAAAUUUACCUCAAGCUGUUGUUGCUCGGAUAAUUAAGGAUGCUCUACCAGACGGUGUAAAUGUGUCUAAAGAAGCCAGAUUAGCUAUUGCCCGAGCUGCAUCUGUGUUCGUGCUUUAUCUCACAUCUUGUGCAAACGAUGUAGCCACUCAGCAUAGCCGUAAAACAAUCAACGGACCUGAUGUUAUUCAAGCGAUAUCUGAUGUUGAGCUGAACAUGUUUAUUGAACCUUUGAAACAAUCUCUCGAAGGUUUCAAGAAAGUUAAAGAAGCAAAAAAAGGAGCAGCCAAGAAAAGGAGUAGCAAAGAAAACUCGAAUCCUAACAAUGAUGAUGAGGAAGUUGUAGAAGAUGAACAAAACACAUCAGGUCAAGAAGUGCCUGCUGAAGUCGAUGAAGAUGCAGAGUGAAUACUGAAUCAAUAAGUCUGAAUUGAAUAAAUAUUUUAGCACCAGUCAAAAGUAAAAAGAUAAUGAAGGCACAAGGUUUUAAAGUAUCGGAAUUUUUUAUUUCAGCAUCUGUUUCCUAUUUCUCUAUUUAUAUCAGUAUUUUCCCGAAAUGUUUAUGUUCGACUAUAGCUCCUCGGUAUCCGACACUUUGUGCUUCUCUGGCUACUACAGUUUUGUUUUAUUUUUUGCCUAAACUUUUUUUAAAAGGAGAAACAAAAUUAUUCGUCAAUAAAAAAUAGGGUCACUUUGAGUAAUCCCUACUUUCCAGGGCUUUCAAAACCACCUACCUCCUCAAUAAUUGAAGUGCAGAAUGCAGACAGGGCCCCUCUUGUUUACAGUGUAUAGAAUCUCUCCUAACGUCUCGUCCAUUAUGAUCCAAGCAAAAGUGUGAAAUUCGUUGAAUGUUACUGAUUAUUCCUUCGGAUUUUACUAUGCUCUAGACAGAAAUCUUCUGAAAAUUCACAGCAAAUUAGCAGUAAAUAUUCUGCACCAAUGCAAGCAAGAAGUGCCCCUUUUAUACCCAAUGCUUCAGUUUGGCCCUCAUAAAGUCCUACUUAUGCUUUAAGAUUCAUUUAGUUUUAAAACACUCCCAAGUAUAACAUUAGAUAUUCCUGUUCCUGCAAGUAAUUUUAUACAAGUUUUGGAAGAAGUAAUUUGAUUAUCAAUUUUAUCGUGUGUAUGUUACUCUGAUACGAAUGUGAUUUCAUCAUACCUUCUUAGGUGUUUUUAAAGAGGUUGCUGAAUUUUCUAGUUUGAGUCAGAUGUAGAUGAAUUGGUUAUUUUCAUUAAGAAGCAAGUCUAAUUUUUUGCAAGUUGUGAAGUGCAUCAAAAUGAUGCAAACUAGACUGCCGUACUAAGAAAGGACGUUGCAUGAACCUUUGCACAUUGCCAAAUUUUCUUAAAUAAAAUAUAGUUGUGUUGAGAAACCUACGAAUACCUACUCUUCCUCUGAUUAAUCUCUGAGAAGAUGUUACUUCUAGUAGAAUCUGAAAAUUUCUAGGAGUAAUUUUUAAACUACCAUUUAAAAUACAUACAUAUUUCAUUCGAAGAAAUUUAGAGACAUUUGAAUUUUCAAACGGUGUUUUUCCCUAGCACAGUAGUAGGGCUCAUCAGCAAAUAGACUUGCUCUCCUUUAAAAACAACUACUUUAAAUAUCUUCUAUUCUAAUUUUCGUAUUUUUUAACUUUUGUAAAUGAAGCAACAUCUAUCUCCAUUUUGGAGGUAGAAAUCUUCAUAAACUUUAACAUUUAAUACCUCAGUAUCUUUAAGUCAUUCCAACCAAUACACACAUUUUUAUUCAGGAAAUUUGACAUUAUAGAACAAUGUAAUUUUA